GGCAGGCGGCCCCGGCGGGGGCGGGGCGGGCGCGGCGGCAGGAAGGGGGUCGCGGCGGCAGGAGCGGCGGUUGCGGAGCAGCGCAGCGCAGCGCAGCCUGCGGGGCGGCCGCCGGCAGUGCGCAGGCAGCGCGGCCGGGAGCUGGUGCCGCGGCGCGUUUUGCUCCGUCGGUUUUGCCCGGCGUGCGUUUCACGUCAAAUCUGCUUGCCCGGUGCCCCAGAACUCGGGUUUGCGCCUGCUCUUGGCGAUGCCCGUUCACCAGUCGAGUGGCCGAGCUGUGGAAAUCGCUGUAUAAACCAGCCGUCCCCAAGCCGAGCCCAGCGGCGAGCCGCUGCGUCCCCCCGGCCGCCGGCACGGCCCUGCGGAGCCCGCGGGUACCGGUUCUGAAGGAUGACUGAUGUGGGUUUCUGUGAUGCCACUUAGAGUCUCUGUCACUCUGGACUGAUAAGUAACCUGCAGAUUUCACUGUACGUACGACAUGGGGAGAAAGCAUCAGGAGUGCCACUCCGCUUCAGCUCCUUAAGUGGACGAAAGUACAGUGUCAUCUAUCUGCAAGGGAAGAUUCUUCAACAGAUUUUUACAGCUAAUAAUAAAGACAACAUAGCAUCAUCCACCUUCCUGAUUUACAGUGCAUCACCUUCCAAGACAGAUGGUCUGUCAAAAGCUGUAGGAUGCCUGCAGAGCACACAAUAAUGAAGUAGUGAAUUGAUAUCGCUGCUGCUGCCUAAUUGUCAGGAUCACAGCCGAGAGCUGCGCUGCCCUUUUUCUGCUCCCUUAAUCGGGCCAGGAACAGCAGGGUGGACAUGGCUGGCCUCGUUAACAACCUGCUAAUACUGUUUCUUGUUUUUCAAAACAGCUGUUUGGGGUUCAGGAGCCCACUUUCUGUCUUCAAGAGGUAUAAAGAUACCACUAGGUCUCUUUCCAAUGAAUGCCUCGGAAGCAACAGGCCAGUGAUUUCACUUGGUCUGUCAGAUUUUGCACUGGAUGUUCGUAUGCCUGGGGUGACUCCUAAGCAGUCUGAUACCUACCUCUGCAUGUCACUACCCCUCCUGGUGGAUGAUGAAGCCUAUGUAGUUGACUUUAAACCUCAUGCCAGCAUGGACACUGUCCAUCACAUGUUACUCUUUGGAUGUAAUGAACCCUCUUCUACUGAAAGUUACUGGGACUGUGAUGAAGGAACAUGUAAGGACAAAUCUAAUAUUUUGUAUGCUUGGGCAAGAAAUGCUCCACCUACCAGGCUGCCCAAAGGUGUCGGAUUCAGAGUUGGAGGAGAAACAGGUAGCAAAUACUUUGUGCUCCAGGUACACUAUGGUGAUAUCAGUGCAUUUAGAGAUAAACACAAGGACUGCUCUGGUGUAACUUUACAUCUGACACGUCAAAAGCAGCCUUUGAUUGCUGGAAUGUAUCUUAUGAUGUCUGUGAACACUGUAAUACCACCAGGUGAGAAAGUGGUUGAUGCAGAUAUUGCCUGCCAUUACAAAAGAUUUCCAAUGCACCUUUUUGCCUACAGAGUUCAUACACACAGACUAGGUAAAGUAGUAAGUGGAUACAGAGUGAGAAAUGGUCAAUGGACAUUGAUUGGUAGACAGAGUCCACAACUACCACAGGCGUUCUAUCCCGUGGAGCAUCCUGUAGAUGUUCACUUUGAUGAUAUCCUAGCAGCUAGGUGUGUGUUCAGUGGUGAAGGCAGAACUACAGAGACACAUAUAGGGGGAACAGCCAAUGAUGAAAUGUGCAACUUUUACAUUAUGUACUAUAUGGAAGCCAAACAUGCUGUCUCAUAUAUGACCUGUACACAGAAUGCAAACCCUGAGAUGUUCAGGAACAUACCACAGGAGGCAAAUAUUCCUAUUUUGGUCGAGUCUGAUAUGCUAAAGAUGACACAUGGACAUCAUGAAGAAAGCAAGGAUGCUGAUAAAAGUUCUUUGCUGCAGCAGCCCAAAAGAGAAGAAGAGGAGGUUUUGGAUCAGGGUGAUUUCUAUUCACUCCUUUCCAAGCUGCUAGGAGAAAGGGAAGAUGUUGUUCAUGUGCAUAAGUAUAACCCUACAGAAAAGGCAGAAUCAGAUCUUGUAGCUGAGAUUACUAAUGUAGUCCAAAAGAAGGAUCUUGCCAGAGAGGUCACAAAUCACGAUGAGAGGGGCAAUGCUAUUCUUGUCAGAGACAGAAUUCACAAAUUUCACAGACUAGAAUCUACCUUGAGGCCAUCAGAGAACAGACGUUUCUCUUUACAACAGCCUAAACAUGAUGAGGGAAGCUGGGAAAAAGAACAUACAGGAGAUUUCCACAUAGAAGAGGUUGUCGACUGGCCUGGGUUAAACCUCAAACUGGGCCAAGUUUCUGGGUUGGCCGUGGACCCUGAAAAUAACCUUGUUAUCUUCCACAGAGGUGAUCACGUUUGGGAUGAAAACUCUUUUGACAACAAAUUUGUUUAUCAGCAACGAGGAGUUGGACCAAUUGAACAGAACACCAUUCUGGUGCUGAAUCCAAGUAAUGCUCAACUGCUUCAUUCCAUGGGCAAAAAUCUAUUUUAUUUACCACAUGGUUUGAGUAUAGACAAAAAUGGUAACUACUGGGUCACUGAUGUAGCUCUCCAUCAGGUUUUCAAAUUGGGAGCAGAUGAUAAAGAACCAUUACUGAUCUUAGGAACUGCUCUGCAACCGGGCGGUGACAAAAAUCACUUCUGUCAACCAACUGAUGUGGCUGUGGAUCCGAUCACUGGCAGUAUUUACGUAUCUGAUGGCUACUGUAACAGCCGAAUCGUUCGGUUCUCUCCGAAUGGGUUGUACAUCCAGCAGUGGGGAGAAGAGACUUCUUUAGAUGGAGCCAAACCUGGGCAGUUCCAUAUCCCUCAUAGCUUAGCCCUGAUCCCUGACUUCAGUCAGCUGUGUGUCGCAGACAGGGAAAAUGGUCGAAUCCAGUGCUUUAGAUUAGAGACUGGGGAGUUCAUAAGAGAGAUCAAGCACAACUCAUUUGGAAGGGAGCUGUUUGCCAUUUCAUAUGUUCGAGGUGGUCUCCUCUUUGCAGUUAAUGGAAUGCCUUAUCCUGGAGAGACAGAACCAGUGCAAGGAUUUGUGAUGAACUUUUCUACUGGAGAAAUAAUUGAUACUUUCAGUCCCAUUAGAAAGACUUUUGAGAUGCCACAUGAUAUUGUUGCUUCAGAAGAUAAAACAGUAUUUGUUGGAGAUGUUCAUGCUAGAACAGUAUGGAAGUUCACAUCCACAGAAAAAAUGGAACAUCGGUCAGUUAAAAAGGCUGGCAUUGAGGUGCAGGAGGUAAAAGAAACAAUUAUAGAAACCAGCCUGAAAAACAAUCCAGAAUCAAAAGAGCCUCUAAAGAAGGAGGAAAAACAGCAUGUGGUCCAACAGGCCAGCACCAGAGUUUCCUUUGUUCUUAUUACAACUCUUCUGGUUAUCCCUGUCGUUGUCCUGCUGGCAAUUUUAGUAUUUAUUCGGUGGAGGAAGACAGCAGUCUAUGGAGCCGAUGCAGAACACAAACUUGAUUCAAGUUCAGGCAGAAUUUUAGGCAGACUUAGGGGGAAAGGUGGUGGUGGCCUUAACCUUGGUAACUUCUUUGCAAGUCACAAGGGCUACAGCAGAAAAGGGUUUGACCGGCUCAGCACUGAAGGAAGUGAUCAAGAAAAAGAUGAAGAUGAUGGCACAGAUUCAGAGGAAGAGUAUUCGGCACCUCCACCCCCCCCAGCACCUUCAUCAUCCUGAAAGCAGCCUUUGAGUUCUCCAUUAUAUGAUUCCACCCAGAAUGUCAGAUUCCUUUUUCCUAAAGCACGUUUAAGAUUUUGUGUAUUUAAUUGUAAACUGUACUAGUCUGUGUGGGGCUGUACACUGGUUCCUUUAUUUUUUUGUUUGGUUUUAGUUUGGUUUCUUUAAGUGGAGGAGUGUAUGGAAGUUUCAUAUCAGUGCCGUUGUUUUUAUGUGAACAUCUUAAUAAAGCAAACAGUCUUCUUUUAAUUGCAGCACUAAUUUAAAGCAGUAGUAUUUUCUCAUCUCAAUUUUGAGACCUUUUCUGUAUUUGUAAAUAAGUCCCAUUAUCUGCUUUAUCCAGAUAUUUUCCCCAUAACUCUUUAGUUGCCAGUUUCUUUUUUGUGCCUUUCCUCUUCAAUGUCCUUAACCUGUUGCAGUACAGAGAAAAUACAGUGCCACAAGAAAAUGAAGCUGCUAAAUCUUCUUCUAUUUUUUUAAAAUCACUAACGUUAUAUUGCAUUGAAGGAAAGAAAAAAGUAUCUAUUUAAUUUUUUUCUUCUUUCUGACUUGAUGUGUUUCCGGGAUGUCUUAUUUUUAGAUGGUAUCACUGUUAGAACACUAUUUUCAGAAGCUGAAUGUAAUUUGUGUAAUAAAGUGUUCGCAGAGCAUUA